UGUCGGCCAUCUUGCUGUUGAAUACGGGCCGUGGUCUGACAGUAGAGUAACUUUUGUUCAUGCCUCCGUUUAUUUGAAUAGUCCCCUUGCCUAUGAUAUUUGAAAAUCAAUCAGCGAGUCACGAGGACGAGGUUCUUCCUGGUACGUCGUGCUAUUUGUCAUUUGUUCAUCAAAUUGUUCACUGUUGAGUAAGGAAAAAAAAUGGAUACACCGAGGGAACGUGAGAUCGCCGCUGAGGACAGCAUCAAGGUGGUCUGUAGAUUUCGGCCACUCAAUGACUCCGAGGAAAAGGCUGGCUCAAAAUUUGUCGUUAAAUUUCCAUCCGGAGGUGAUGAAAAUUGCAUCUCCAUCGGGGGAAAAGUUUAUUUAUUCGACAAAGUAUUCAAACCAAAUGCAACGCAAGACAAAGUGUACAAUGAAGCUGCUAAAUCAAUUGUUACGGACGUGUUGGCGGGUUACAACGGUACAAUAUUCGCCUAUGGACAGACGUCUUCAGGUAAAACGCACACAAUGGAGGGCGUCAUUGGUGAUCCGAAUAAACAGGGUAUCAUUCCCAGAAUUGUCAAUGAUAUAUUUAAUCACAUUUACGGAAUGGAGGAGAAUCUUGAGUUUCAUAUAAAAGUAUCGUACUUCGAGAUUUACAUGGACAAGAUUAGAGAUCUACUUGACGUAUCCAAAGUGAACUUGAGUGUUCACGAAGACAAGAAUCGAGUACCAUUCGUUAAAGGUGCAACUGAGCGUUUCGUAUCUAGUCCAGAGGAAGUAUUUGAAGUUAUUGAGGAGGGAAAGUCAAAUCGACAUAUAGCUGUUACGAAUAUGAAUGAACACAGCUCUCGUUCGCAUUCAGUUUUUCUCAUCAACGUCAAGCAGGAGAACCUAGAGAAUCAAAAGAAAUUGUCGGGUAAGCUGUACCUCGUGGAUUUAGCUGGGUCUGAGAAGGUCUCCAAGACUGGUGCUGAAGGAACUGUUCUGGAUGAGGCUAAGAAUAUUAAUAAGUCAUUGUCCGCCCUUGGUAACGUCAUCUCAGCCCUUGCCGAUGGCAAUAAGACACACAUACCCUAUCGUGAUUCCAAGCUGACGAGAAUUCUUCAAGAAUCACUCGGUGGUAACGCGAGAACAACAAUUAUUAUCUGCUGUUCGCCAGCGAGUUUUAACGAAUCCGAGACAAAAUCCACCCUGGACUUUGGUAAACGUGCGAAGACAAUCAAGAAUGUUGUCUGCGUUAAUGAGGAGUUGACGGCUGAGGAGUGGAAGAGACGUUACGAGCGUGAGAAGGAGAAGGCUGCGAGGCUGAAGGGUAAAGUCGAGAAGUUGGAGUACGAGUUGUCUCGCUGGAGGCAGGGGGAGACGGUCAAACCCGAGGAGCAGGUUAAUCUCGUUGAGGGACCCGAUGUCAUUACACCAAUUCCGAUUGAAGGGAAGGUCGAGGGCAAGGUACCUGAUGGUCCUAUUCCAGCUGUCCCUGGUGGUGGCCUCAUGGCUGGUUCAUUGUCCAAUGAGGAGCGACAGAAACUCGAGGAGGAGAGGGAGCGAUUAUUCCAGCAGCUGGAUGACAAGGACGAGGAGAUCAACCAGCAGAGCCAGUAUCUUGAGAAGCUCAAGGAGCAGCUCGAGGAGCAGGAGGAACUCAUUGCCAGUGCUCGAAGGGAUUAUGAGCAGCUCCAGCAGGAGAUGAGCACUAUCAAUCAGGAAACUGAGAGUGCUAAGGAGGAGGUCAAGGAGGUGCUGCAGGCUCUCGAGGAAUUGGCUGUUAAUUACGAUCAGAAGUCGCAGGAGGUAGAGAUGAAGAAUAAGGAACACGAGGCACUCACUGAGGAACUCCUAGCUAAACAGACCGCUCUCAAUUCCACGAGCUCUGAGUUACAGCAGUUGAGGGACAUGUCCACUCAUCAGCGUAAACGAAGUGCUGAGAUGCUGAAUAAUCUGCUGAAGGAUCUUGGGGAGAUUGGAGUUGCUAUUGGGGGAGAUGAGAACCUCAGCAAAUGUCAGAUCACGCCGGAUUCGAACGGCAAACUCGAGGAGGAAUUCACGGUGGCAAGAUUAUACAUUAGCAAAAUGAAGUCAGAAGUUAAGAAUUUGGUGCAGCGUUGUCAGGGAUUAGAAACGUUCCAAGUUGAUUGUAACAAGAAGAUAUCAGAGUAUGAGAAAGAACUGGGUGAGUGUCGUUUAUUGAUCUCCCAGCACGAGGCACGUAUGCAGACUCUGACAGAAUCAAUCAAGGAGGCCGACGCGAGGAAGCGUCAGCUCGAGGAAGAUGUCGAUGCAAUGCGGGAAGAGUGCGCUAAAUUAAAGGCCGCUGAGCAAGUGCAGGCUGUCAGUAACAAGGAGAAAGCAGAGGAGAAAGAGGCAGCGACGAAGAUGCGAAUGGCUCUGGAAGAGCAGAUGGACCAGCUGCGUGACGCUCACCAGCGACAGGUGGCAGCCCUCAGGGAUGAAAUAUCAGAGAAGCAGGAGAUGAUAAGUGAACUCAAGGAUCUCAACCAGAAAUUCACACUGGCCCACCAGCAGAUGCAGGCUGAUUACGAACGACUGAAGCAAGAGGAGGCUGAGAAGUCCCUCAAGCUCCAGGAUUUGAUAAUGAUGAAUGAGCGUCGUGAACAAGCGAGGAAGGAUCUCAAGGGAUUGGAGGACACCGUUGCCAAAGAACUCCAGACACUGCACAAUCUGCGCAAACUAUUUGUCCAGGAUCUCCAGGUGCGAAUGAAGAAGACUGCUAAUGCUGAGGAUAAUGAGGACGAUGGUGGCUCGUUGGCCCAGAAGCAGAAGAUAUCAUUCCUCGAGAAUAAUCUUGAUCAGCUGACCAAGGUUCACAAGCAACUUGUCAGGGACAAUGCUGAUCUGCGGUGCGAGCUGCCCAAACUUGAGAAAAGGCUGAGGGCAACUGUUGAGCGUGUCAAAGCACUCGAGACUGCACUGCGUGAUGCCAAAGAGGGUGCAAUGAGAGAUCGUAAACGUUACCAGUAUGAAGUUGAUAGGAUUAAGGAGGCUGUCAGGCAAAAGAACUUGUCACGACGUGGCCCCAGCGCCCAAAUUGCCAAGCCAAUUCGUGCUGGACAGCAUCAUGGUGGUGGAGGACUCAAUGUUAUUAGGACUGGAAAUCGAGAUGUGGAAUCUCCUCGGUCGUGAGCGUAACCCGAAAAAAUUCUUCACUUUUACAGAGAACGAACGCAAGAAUGCAUUCGCCGAUGAGAAAAAAAGGAUUCCAGAGAUGGACAUUAUUUACAAUUCUUACACAUAAACCAUUACGGUAAAACAAAAAAACAUAUAUGAAUAAGGGUUAUACAAGUACUACUAUUCGCAACGAGCACUAUCCGUUUUCUUUUAUUUAACAGAGCAAAACUUAAAGAAAAAAAAAAUGAGAAAAAAAAACGAAAAAAUAAUAAGCAUGUGCUUAGUACUGGCUAAGAUUAGAUAUCAUUAAGUUUACUAUGUAAUACUGCAUGUCUUAUCGAUUUGUAAAUAGUUGAUUUUUAUAAAUUAUUUAAUUUAAAGGAGAUGAAAUAAUACAUGCGCGAUAAGUGUAGAUCAUUAGCGACAACAUCGAUCGAUUUCAUACUGUGUGGAUAUUGCAAUUCAUGAUCGAAACGACGCAUUACGUUCAGAACGCUUUCUAAUUAUGCACUGACUUCUAUCAUUGAUUAACAAUGAUUCAUUACUAAAUGAGAAUUCAAUGUCCUAUGCACAGAUGAGAAGAAUCAUGUUCUCAUUAUGCAUUUUGUUGCUGGACCUGAUUAUGAAAAUAAAAUACCGAUUGAUUAAGAUGAUUAAGAUGAGGUAAAUAAUAGAUCCUGGCCUAGACAUUUGCCAGAAUUCAAAUCAUGAGAUUGAAAUGCAAUAGUAAAUCACGUGCAGUUGAAUGCGAUUGGACAUGCAGUUGCUGAAUUGUGAGAAUGACUGUGGCUUAUGUGUAUUCUAAAUCGCAAAAGAUGUUUAUUAAAGGAGAAAUAUUCUUUUGCUUAUCGAUGAUCUAUUGGGUGAUUGGUAUUGCUCCAUGAAGACGAUUUCGAUGCGGCGAAUCAAUUGGGAGGACUCGCUUAAUAUUUGUUAAGCGUUAAAGUCUCUCUGUUGUGAUUUUUGGAUUCUGAAAUUGAAAUUGUCUUCCCUCGGGCAUUUAUUCUCCUAUGAUAUGUCAGUUUUUAUUUAUUUACUGGCUUAUAUCAUCAAAUUUCUAUGAUUCAAGGAAAAUAAAUAAUCUCAACGUCCCGCUCGAAUAUUUAUUUAUAUAAUAAUAUUUUGUAUCAAAUGUUAGGGGUCCACACAAUAGGAGUUGAAAUUGAAAAAAAAAAGACGUCCCUAUCAACUCUCUCUCGCCUCCAUCUUCAACCCAUCAGAGAUUAAUUAAUCGAAUCGCUUUUUGUUGCAAUAUCGUACUGUAUUUUUUUAGAAUUGUACCAAGAUUAUAAAUUAUUUGGGGAGUCUGGUGAUAACCCUUCUUGUCAAUUCUGGUGCAACGAUUGCAA